CGCUUAUGUUGGUCAAGAUGGCUGCUGCGGCUGUUGUUUGGGCUGAAGAAUGAGAUGAGCAUCGCCUGACAAAACAUCCGACCCAAAUCCACCGACACACCGACAGAAGGAAGAAUCGUCGGCCAGAAUAACUCCCAAGACCAUCUGGAUCCGAACGACGUCAUUCCUUCGGAGCUGCGCCCUUUGAGAACUUGCCAAGAUGGACACCACCACUUCCAUCAAGAUGACCACGAUGGCCAUCCAGAAGCUGUUUGGCCACGUGGAGGAGGAGAAUCUCACAGCGUUGCGAGACCACCUGGACCGCUUCAAGGAAGUGGAUGGACGCAGCGACAAUGGGCAGACGCCGCUGAUGCUGGCUGCCGAGCAGGGGAGCCUGGAAAUAGUGCAGGAGCUCAUCCGGCGAGGAGCCAAUGUCAAUCUGGAUGACGUGGACUGCUGGUCGGCCCUGAUCUCAGCCGGCAAGGAAGGUCACGUGGAGGUGGUGAAGGAGCUUCUGGAGAACAGCGCCUACAUCGAGCAUCGCGACGUGGGAGGAUGGACGGCGCUCAUGUGGGCCUCGUAUAAAGGUCGUGUGGAUGUGGCCAAAUUGCUGCUGGAGCAGGGCGCAAACCCCAACACCACCGGACAGCAGUACAGCGUGUACCCCAUCAUCUGGGCCUCCGGGCGAGGUCACGCCGACGUGGUUAAACUCUUGCUGGACAGCGGCGCCAAAGUCAACUGCUCCGAUAAGUACGGGACGACGUCCCUGAUCUGGGCGGCGAGGAAAGGCCAUUUGGACUGCGUCAUGCACCUGCUGGAGAACGGCGCCGACGUGGACCAGGACGGAGCGAACUCGAUGACGGCGCUGAUCGUGGCGGUGAAAGGCGGCUUCACCGACGUGGUGAAGGAGCUGCUAAAGCGCAACCCCAACGUCAACAUGACGGACAAAGACGGCAACACGGCGCUGAUGAUCGCUGCCAAGGAAGGCUACACCGAGAUCGUGCAGGACCUUCUUGACGCCGGCACCUACGUCAACAUUCCCGACCGGAGUGGCGACACGGUGCUGAUCGGAGCGGUGAGAGGCGGUCACGUGGAGAUCGUCAGAGCUCUGCUGCACAAGUACGCCGACAUUGACAUUCGGGGCCAGGAGAGUAAGACUGCGCUGUACUGGGCGGUGGAGAAAGGCAACGCCUCCAUGGUGCGCGACAUCCUGCAGUGCAACCCCGACACGGAGACGUGCACCAAGGACGGCGAGACGCCUCUCAUCAAAGCCACCAAGAUGAGAAGCAUCGAGAUCGUCGAGCUGCUGCUGGAUAAAGGGGCCAAGGUGUCCGCUGUUGACAAGAGAGGAGACACGCCCCUGCACAUCGCCAUCCGUGGGCGCAGCCGCCGGCUGGCCGAGCUGCUCCUGAGGAACCCCAAAGAUGGCCGCCUGCUCUACCGGCCCAACAAGGCGGGCGAGACGCCCUACAACAUCGACUGCAGCCACCAGAAGAGCAUCCUCACGCAGAUCUUCGGCGCCCGUCACCUGUCGCCCACCGAGUCGGACGGCGACAUGCUGGGCUACGACCUGUACAGCUCGGCCCUGGCCGACAUCCUGAGCGAGCCCACCAUGCAGCCGCCCAUCUGCGUGGGGCUCUACGCGCAGUGGGGCAGCGGAAAGUCCUUCCUGCUCAAGAAGCUCGAAGACGAGAUGAAGACGUUCGCGGGCCAGCAGAUGGAGCCGCUGUUGGGCCCGUCGUGGCUGGCGGCCGUCCUGACGUUGCUCCUGUGCGGCACCGUGGCCUUGGUUCUGGGCUUCACCUUGGACCCCAAGCUGGCCGUGGCCGUCUCGCUCAGUCUGCUGGCGCUGCUCUACAUCUUCUUCGUGGUCAUCUACUUCGGGGGCCGGCGCGAGGGGGACAACUGGAACUGGGCGUGGGUCCUCAGCAACCGCCUGGCCCGCCACAUCGGCUACCUGGAGCUCCUCCUCAAGCUCAUGUUCGUCAACCCGCCGGAGCUCCCGGAGCAGAGCGCCCGAGCACUGCCCGUCAGGUUUCUCUUCACCGAUUACAAUCGACUGUCGAGCGUCGGCGGCGAGACGUCAAUGGCCGAAAUGAUCGCCACGUUGUCCGACGCGUGCGAGAGGGAGUUUGGAUUCCUCGCCACUCGUCUCUUCAGGGUCUUCAAGACGGACGAGGCGCUUGCAGGAAAGGGCAAGUGGAAGAAGACGUGCUGCGUGCCGUCCUUCAUGCUGUUUGCGCUGGUGAUGGGCUGCCUGGUGAGCGGCGUGGCGCUGAUGGCCGUCUUUCGGGUGGGCGGCGACAACCACACGGUCAACGGCGUCCUGAUGGCGCUGGGCGGCGUGGUGGGCGUGGCCCUCCUGCUCAACUGUCGCACGUGGUGGCGGGUCUCCAACUCGGUGCUCAACUCACAGAGGAAGCGGCUGCACGGCGCCGCCAACAAGAUGCACAAGCUCAAGAGCGAAGGCUUCAUGAAGGUUCUGAAGUGCGAAGUGGAGCUGAUGGCCAAGAUGGCCAAGACCAUCGACGGGUUCACUCAGCACCAGACCAGGUUGGCGGUGGUCAUUGACAGCUUGGACGCGUGUGAGCAGGACAAAGUUCUGCAGAUGCUCGACACGGUGCGAGUCCUGUUUUCCAAAGGUCCCUUCAUCUCCAUCUUCGCCAGCGACCCGCACAUCAUCAUCAAGGCCAUCAACCAGAACCUGAACAGCGUCCUGCGAGACUUUGUCAACGGACACGACUACAUGCGCAACAUCGUCCACCUGCCCGUCUUCCUCAACAGCAGAGGCCUGUCCAGCGCCAGGAAGAUGGGCGGCGGCGGCGGCGGCAGCGGCGCACCCGCCAACGGCGAUGCCGCCAAUGUUGAUUGCGCAGGGUGGCACGAGGAGCUGGACCGCAAGUUGUCACAGCACAGCUUGGGAGAGCUCACCAAGAGUGGCAACAAGGCCCCCCUCAGCCGCCGGGACACCUUCCGGAGGCGCCAAGCGCAGCGCUCGGUGACUCGCCAGAUGUCCUUCGACUUGACCAAGCUGAUGGUGGCCGAAGACUGGUUCACCGACAUCAGCCCGCAGAGCAUGAGGAGGCUCCUCAACAUCGUCUCCGUUACCGGUCGUCUGCUGAGAGCCAAUCAGAUCGCCUUCAACUGGGACCGUCUGGCGUCGUGGAUCAACCUGACGGAGCAGUGGCCCUACCGGACGUCCUGGCUCAUCCUCUUCCUGGAGGAGAGCGACGGCGUUCCCGACCAGGCCACGCUCAAGAACAUUUACGAGAGGGUGCUGAGGAACAUCCCCACCACCAAAGACGUGGAACCGCUGCUGGAGAUCGACGGAGACGUCCGGGCCUUUGAAGUGUUCCUGUCGUCGCGGACACCCGUCCUGACCGCCAGGGACAUUCGUACCUUCCUGCCCUGCACCGUCAACCUGGACCCCAAACUGCGGGAAAUCAUUGCCGAUGUGCGUGCGGCUCGUGAGCAGGUGAACCUGGGCGCCAUCGGCUACCCGACCUUGCAGGAGGUCCAGCCCCGGCCCGUGUCCAUGUACAGUCAGGUGUCGUCGGCGUGCUCGCCGUCCGCCUCCUUCAGCGGACCCUUCAACCCGGCGGCGGGGGCUGUGGUACCGCCGCCGCCGAGCAGCUACUACAGCGGCAUGGGCGGACCCCAGCACCCCUUCUACAACAGGCCAUAUUUCCCCCACCACCACCAUCUCCACCAUCCGCCACGCCCCCUGGUGGCGGCCUACCCAUCACACCUCCUUCCUCGCGUGCUCGUUAAGAGCACGGCCCCCCGUGAUGUCCCCUCGAGCGGCUCCGCCUCCGUGGCUUCGGGGACGCCGCCCACCCUCCUGAGCGCCAUGACGACGGAUGGCGUGUGCGAGCGCGUCAAGCAGACCCAGGGCAUCGACCAGGCCAUGUUGGCCGCGUACACCGCCACCAUCAGGAAGGCCAACGUGAACGGACGAGUCCUGUCGCAGUGCAACCUGGAUGAGCUGAAAAAGGAGAUGAACAUGAACUUCGGGGACUGGCAGCUCUUUCGGGCCAGCGUGGCGGAAAUGCGUCAGGUGGAGAGCCAAGUGCUGUACGAGGAGGCCGCCAGCGAGCAAGGCAGCGUGACGGGCGGCCAGCCUGAUGCUGGCCUGCGCCGAGCUGCGGCGCAGGCCCGCGCCGGCCACGCCCCCAGCGACGUGUCCCCGAUGUACAGCUUCACUCUGAGCUUCGACGACCUCAGCAUGAUCGGCCUGGAGGAGUCGCAGCAGCCCAGACACGCCGGCGCACAUUGGACGGGCGCCCCCCAGCGGACCGGCAGCAUCACCAGCCUCAACUCGCAGGAGUCCAGCAACGACAUCGUCAAAUUGACGGAUAAGCAGCAGGCCGAGUACCGAUGCGCCUACCAGGAGUACAUUGCCCAGAUGGCCCAGUUGGAGGGUGCCGGCGGGGGCGGCGAUAGACCGGUCCAGCCUCAGCCGGGGCACUUCAUGACGCCGCCGUCUUCAGACCAGGACGGACCCGAGCAAGACGGACGCAAGGCCUCGGCGAGCAAGAGGAGCGGCGGUAAAGCGGCGUCUGACAGCGCCGACGGUGGCGAAGCGCUGGAUCCCAUCACGGAAGAAGACGAGAAGGGAGAACGCGGGUCGUCCAAGUCCCUGCUGGCCCGCAAGACCUCGGCCGAGCGAGGUGGUCUUUUCGCGGGCGCCAAGGCGGGAGGCGACGCUCUGCGCUACCAGAAGCUAACCAGCGAUGACGAGGAGUCGGAGGAGUCCGACACCCUGCUGCUGAAAAACGGCAAGGCCAAAGCGAGCGGCUGCUCCUUGGCCCUGAAAGGGAAGGACUACCUGUCGGACGCCACCUUGGAUAAGAAGGACUCGUCCGACUCGGGCGUGCGCUCCAACGAGAGCUCGCCCAACCACUCGCUGCAGGACGAGGAGGCCGACCUGUCGCAGUCGCUGACGGAACGCAGCGACUUGAUCCAGCUGAGCGAGGAUGGCGCCGCCCGCAAGCAAGAGCCUCCCGCCGGCCUCCCCGCCGCCGCCCUGCGGGACAGUGCCGAGAGCCGCAUGUCUAUCUGCAGCCCCGAGGAGGCCUGGCCCGCCACCCAGACCUGGAACCUGAACCGCUCGGCCGGCAGCGUGACGCUCAACAACAACGCCAACGCUCAGCAGGGCGAGCGGCCCCGCCGCGACGCCCCCGCCGGCGAAGCCAUCAUCCCGCCUGCAUCCACGACCACCCGGCCUGGCCCCGACAACGAAAACGUGCGAGUGGUCCACUUGAAGAGGGGCCUGAAGCCCGGAGACCCUCCCGAGGUCUGCACCAUGACGGCCGAUGCCGUCGCCUUCGGAGAGGAACGCGAGAGCAUCCUGUGACCAGUUGCAUGGCCGCCGCAUCAUGUGACUUGCCAUUCAGAUUGUUCCAAUUUGAAAUAUUUGCCAUGUUAACAUUUUGCAAGUCUCCUCACGUUUGCUGUUUGUGUUUGUAGAUGUCAACUAGCUUGUCGUCGUGACGCAUGAUGGUGUUGGUGAGCUCAGCGGUCCCCGACCACCAGGCCCGGUCCGACCCUCCGUCCUCCAUUUGGUACCCCACCACACAGCCAGACUAAACCCAAAAAAGUUUUAUUUUGAAAAUCAGCUGCGUCAAAUUGCUCCUCUCAAGUGAGUCACAAUUAAGUGACUCCAAAUCUGGAUUCAAUUCAAUUUAGCAUCACACUGACUUGCAUUUGAUUUGAUUUUGGCCUGGCAAAAUAUUGCUUAACUUGGCACACACAAAAAGUUGGGGACCGCUGCUUUAGAUGUUCAAUAUGAUGCUUGCAAAACAAAAAAAACAUUUGUGAUUGACGCCCAAUGUCGUGUUUGUGUCACCUUAGCUCCGCCCCCUGUGACUUGAUGGAUGUGAUAUUUCAAUAUCAACAACUAAGGUUCUUAAUGG